AUGAAUAAAUAAAAUCUCAUCGAUAUUAUUCCAAUCAUCUGGCCUUAAAAAACAUCUGCAAGAGAAUAAGAAAUAUAGAGAGUUAUCUAAGAACUCAUGUAACUCAAAGAAAAUUAACCAAAUUUGAAUGAAUCCAUUAAUUUUACAAUCUAAUAUAUAGCGUAGCAUGCUCCAUAUAAUGAUGUAGUAGUUUCUUUUCAAAGUUUGAUUAAUAUCAAACAUCCAAUUUAAGAUUUACUUAAAUAUUUAAGCACUUUCUCAGAAAAUACCUUAAUAUAAGUAGUAAGAAAAGUUAAUUUAAAUGAUCUAAAUUCUGAUUCUGAUGAAACAGAUUUUACCUACAUCGAUCCUUAUGAAGAGAAGAAAAAACAAUUUAAUCUUAAAAUGAUGAAAAAAGUUAGUUUUCCAAAGUUAUAAAAACUUAUAAGUGAUAUUUAUAGGUUGGAAUUGUUAACAAAAGUUUAUUCAUGGGUAAAUCAAUUAACAUACGUUGAUUAUCUAAAAGUGAGUGUAUCAACUAUAAAGAAAGCAUUAUAAACUGAAUACUUAGAUGAACUAACUAUUAACACUGUUAUCUAAUGUGCAAAAGGUUCCUGUUAAUGUGCUUAUUAAUAUUUAUAAGAUACACCUAAAUUCUAGAAAUUAAAAAAUACACUUCAUUAAAUAGCUCUUUUUCAAGAUGUCGAUUUAUAAGUGCUAUUAAAUUUAUAAAAAACUGAUUAAUACCCAAUCAAAGAAUGUGUUUGGACUAGAUAAUAAGUUAUCUAAUGUAUUUUAUUAUUUUGCUUGAUUUAAUGUGAACUUUUAAUACAUGAUUUCAAAUUUUCAACUUUAUAAUCCAAAUCUUUUUGCUCUUUUGAAAUUUCAUGGAAUGAAUCUGGAUUUAGCUAAAUUAGGGAUUAUUUUCCUAAAUUAGCUAAAAAAUUAAAUAAAAGAUAUUAAAUUUUGAAGGAUAUUCCUUAUUUUGAUUCAAAAACUAAUUAUUUAAUUUUUAUUUAUGCUUAAUCUUUAGUUGGAUAUUACCAUCAUCAUGUUAAUUAUGAUAAUUUUUAAUUAAAUGAAAAUCUAAAACAAACCAUCAGAGAAAUUUUAGAAAAUUAAUAUAAAGAAAAAAAUUUAGCCCUUCAAAUAAUAAUUUCAAAUGCAUUUAUGUUUGCAUAAUUACUUAAGGCAUUAAAAUGA